AUGCAGACGCCGCACUCUCGACUGCUCGUCGCCGCCGUCGACACGGACGACGUCCGCCUCGGUGUGCGCAAUGCGAGCGACAGUCGUAGUAGUAUCCCAUCGGUGACGGAGGCGACGUUUACGACGCAGUGCGCCGGCGUGACCUUCCGCCCCGACCCGAGUUUUGUCGUGCCCGACCAGCCCUCGUGCAUUGUGUACCCCAACGGCACGGUCUGGCGCGGCGCCAACAAGACGACCGCGUCUCUGUUUCGGGAAAAGACCGGCAACAUCAAAAACACCGUCGCGGCCGGCUCCCUGCACAUUGACUACGUGGCGUUCCUCCCCAACCAAGCGCCCGUCACGGUCCUCGCUAACCUCGGCAUCUCGCGUCUCAACGCGUCGCUACGUCGUGACAGCGAAGGCAUCCGCCUCGAGACCACCGCGCUGUACGCAGAUCGUAGUGUAUUGGAGCGUGGACUCAUGUAG